CCUCGACGUGGCCCCGAUUUGAGCUCUUCAUUGUUUUGGCGGCUGAGUACUUCGCUUCUCUCCUGAUCUCGACUUCGUUGGUGCUUCACCAUCUUUAUCCUUCUCCGGUUCUCCCUUUACUUUCCGAGUUGGGCCCCGACCCACCCGUCCAGUCCACUUGGCUGCUAUCAUAAGAAGCCUUGACCCGGCCAGACUUCGAACUGCUGAGCAACAUCAAUUAUCGUGGCUCCGGCGCUGCCCCUUUCCACAGGCACCACUGGUUCCUCAGCUAUCUCCUGUGGCUAAAUAAUCCGCCAUCUUGAUACCUUAGGCCCAAUUAAUAUCGUCCAGACAGCUCCGCUACAACGAUAGUCGCUCAAUAUGUCGGCUACGUCUAGUCCGGUGGAGGCGAGGCUUCCGACCCGGUCCAACACCUUGCGUACUGUGAGUACGGGCACGGAGCGCAGGGCGUCUCUAAGCGACGACGAGGCGAUCCCUGGAGGUGAUAGCAAUGAGACUACGAACCUCCUCGUGGAGCGGCUUCGUGCUUGGAAGCAUAUGUGCGGGUACCUGGAGGAUUAUGUCUCCGUUACUGCCAAAGUGCAAAAAGGGUUGUCGAAGGAUUACGAGAAAGUCUUGAAGACGGUCAACGAGCCGCUGAAGGAGGGUCACCAUUUCUCGCAGAGUGCGGGUGGAGUUGCGUCUUUUUUCGAAAACAUCCGUGCCAACACUCAGGGGAUGAUUAACUUGUAUGCCGACGGAGAGAAAAACCUUAGGAACUCUGUGCUUCCGACAUUGGAGAAACUUCACAAGGAGAUCAAGGCCAAAGCGAAGGAGCUGCAGACCGGUGCUUCGAAAGCUGCAAAAGCCGUUGAGAAGGCCCGGAAUGUCACCCAAAAACACAUUGAGCUUCUCGGCCAGCAGACUGCCGCUCUCGAUUCAGCAGCCGGGAACAAGCUGGACACCUCGCAUGAUCCUUACAUUGUUCGCCGGGGCGUUAUCCAUCGUCUUAACAAGCAGGUGAUUGAAGAGAACAAUAACCGGCAGGAAAUCAUCACGGUGCAAAACAACUUCCAGCAGUUCGAAGCGCAUGUGCUGCAGACCAUCCAGGCUGCAAUGGAACAACUGGUCGUAUUUAUUACUGGACAGACCGAGCGCCAGAAGACACUGUACAGCGACAUUCUCGGUAACCUACAAAGGAUCCCAGCCGAAUUUGAGUGGGUAAACUUCAUGACUAGAAAUGCUUCCUCGCUCGUUGACCCAGAUGCUCCGCCACGGUCGAUUGCAAACAUUAACUUUCCCAACCAGGACCACCCCGCCACGCAGCCGCUAAUCUCAGGAACGCUGCAACGGAAGUCUCGCAUGGCGCUCAAGGGUUACAGCAGCUUCUUCUACGUUGCCACCCGUGCCCGAUACCUGCACGAGUUCAAAGACAAUGACGACUUCAACCGCGACCCGUCUCCCGAGAUUUCCCUUUAUCUACCAGACUGCCAUAUUGUCUCCGUCGAUGAAGUCAAACAUACCUUCACAAUCAAGGGCAAGGACGUUUCCAGCAACGCUAUCGGUAAUGCCUUUCACACAAACACCGAGUUCGUCUUCAAAGCCGGCUCCGCAGCCGAGGCGAAGGAAUGGGUGAACAUCCUCAGGGACGCCGCGAAAGCCCCAAUCGCAACCACCACUGCUGCCGCCGUUAGCCCAUCGACCGUCACCUCGCCAACUAGUCCUGGCGCAGCGUCCACAGCCACAGCCGCUCCUGUUCAGCCUCCCGCAUACGAGAAGGAAUCCGGUGCGGGAACUCCACCAGCUGUUAGCCGCACCAACACCACUGCAACAACAGCCAGCACUGCUGAGAAAGUUCCAUCUCCUGUUAGUGAGAAGACCGAGGCUACGGCCGCUGCACCAUCGACAGCAGCUGCGGCUGAGAAGGCUCCCCUGGAGAAGUCGUGAUUGGAUAUACCUACGUAUUUACGUUUGAUGAUCUAUACUCAUAUCUAUAUCCCUUUUGAUAUAUAUGUCUAUAUUAUGAUUAUAAUUUGGUUAUUUGGAUAUCUUAUC